GAGAAAAGAAAAGAAGAGAGAGAAUAAAGAAAUAGAGGAAAGGGAAAGAAUCAAUAAAAAAGAUUAAAAAUGAUAUCGGCUUUCUUUGAAGUAGUUCUUUUAGAAAGACUGGAAUUAUUCUCUCCGCCAUUUCUCUCUUAUACUUCGUCACUCUCAGCUGAGCCCCAGAAGCGGAGAAGGAGAGGAGAGGGUGGUUGUACAAUCAGGGUGAUGUCUUUGUCUUCUGACGCCUCUUCUGCUAAGGAAAGUGGCGCUCUUCGUUCUUUCAAACUGAACGAGCCUACUUUCUUAGAAUCUCUGAUGCCGAAGAAGGAGAUCGGAGCUGAUAGAUUCAUCGAAGCUCAUCCUCAGUAUGAUGGCCGAGGCGUUAUUAUUGCGAUUUUCGACUCUGGUGUAGACCCCUCCGCUGCUGGUUUACAGGUUACAUCAGAUGGCAAACCAAAAAUCCUAGAUGUCAUUGACUGCACUGGAAGUGGAGAUAUUGAUACCUCAAAAGUGGUGAGAGCUGAUGCAGAUGGUUAUAUUACUGGUGCUUCAGGAGCAUCCCUGGUUGUAAAUCCUUCAUGGAAGAACCCUUCUGGGGAGUGGCAUGUUGGUUGCAAGCUGGUUUAUGAGCUUUUCACUGACACUUUGACUUCUCGUCUGAAGGAAGAAAGGGAGAAAAAGUGGGAUGAGAAAAACCACGAAGCAAUUGCUAAGGCCGUAAAGCAUCUCAAUGAAUUUGACCAGAAACAUAUUAAAGUGGAGGACGUCAACUUAAAGAGGACUCGUGAAGACCUGCAAAGUAGAGUUGAUCUUCUUCAAAAACAAGCGGAUAGCUACGACGACAAGGGCCCUAUUGUAGAUGCUGUUGUAUGGCAUGAUGGAGAGGUUUGGAGAGUCGCUCUCGACACACGGACUCUGGAGGAUGACCCAGAAUGUGGGAAACUGGCUGACUUUGUUCCUUUAACAAAUUAUAGGAUUGAACGAAAGUAUGGUAUUUUCAGCAAACUAGAUGUGUGCUCCUUUGUUACAAAUGUUUAUGAUGAGGGAAAUAUCUUAAGUAUCGUAACAGAUUGCUCUCCCCAUGGUACUCAUGUUUCUGGAAUUGCUACUGCUUUCCACGAGGAGGAACCCUUGCUAAAUGGAGUUGCACCUGGAGCACAACUAAUAUCUUGUAAAAUUGGGGAUUCACGCUUAGGUUCAAUGGAAACUGGAACUGGUUUGACUCGAGCCUUGAUAGCUGCAGUUGAGCACAAGUGUGAUCUCAUCAACAUGAGCUAUGGAGAACCUACGUUAUUGCCAGAUUAUGGGCGUUUUGUUGACCUUGUUGAUGAAGUGGUCAAUAAACACCGCCUGAUAUUCAUCAGCAGUGCUGGCAACAGUGGACCUGCAUUGAGCACUGUAGGUGCACCUGGUGGCACUACUUCGAGCAUAAUAGGAGUUGGUGCAUAUGUGUCUCCUGCCAUGGCUGCUGGAGCUCACUGUGUGGUUGAACCUCCUUCUGAAGGACAGGAAUACACUUGGUCUAGUCGAGGUCCAACAACUGAUGGAGAUCUUGGUGUCUGUGUAAGUGCCCCUGGUGGGGCAGUUGCUCCUGUCCCCACAUGGACUCUCCAACGGCGCAUGCUUAUGAAUGGUACUUCCAUGGCAUCUCCCUCGGCUUGUGGGGGUGUUGCUUUACUUAUCAGUGCAAUGAAGGCUGAAGGUAUUCCUGUUAGUCCAUACAGUGUGCGAAAGGCAAUUGAAAAUACGACAGUUCCUGUGGGUGGUAUGCCAGAUGAUAAAUUAUCCACUGGACUAGGUCUUAUGCAAGUUGACAAGGCACAUGAGUAUAUUCGAAAAUCUAGGAACUUUCCGUGUGUUUGGUAUAAAAUAAAGGUUAAUCAAGCUGGAAAAUCAAAGCCUGCUUCACGAGGCAUCUAUUUAAGGGACGCUAGUGCUUGCCAACAAGCAACUGAGUGGACUGUCGAAAUUGAACCAAAGUUCCAUGAAGAUGCAAGUAACUUAGAACAACUGGUUCCUUUUGAGGAAUGCAUACAGUUGCAUACCAGUGAAAAUGCAGCUGUCCGGGCUCCUGAGUAUCUUCUCCUUACACAUAACGGGCGUACCUUCAAUGUAGUUGUGGAUCCCACCAAGCUCAAUGAUGGUCUACAGUAUUAUGAGCUCUUUGGAAUAGAUUGCAAAGCUCCUUGGCGUGGUCCUCUUUUCAGGGUGCCAAUUACUAUAACAAAGCCUAUGGUUUUAAAACAUUCGCCUCCAGUGACUUCAUUUUCAGGGAUGCAAUUUUUUCCAGGUACAUUGUGCAACUUUUUUCUUGAUGUUGAGUACUGUAUUACUUGUUGCAAUGUUUAUGGGACGGAUGGAAGCGGCAAGAGCCUCUCAGGGCUAGGCAAGGAAGAGGCCAGUGAUGUUGCAAACAAUGGUCUCUCUGCCCAAACUGUUUAUUCAAAGAUAUAUGUAGUGUGGCAAUUGGUGGUGAGAAAUUACACAAAUGGUGAGCAUCUGUGGUUUUUCCUUUUCCAUGUAAAGAUUCAAGAUAGAAAGUGCAGAGCAUGGGAUGGUUCUUGCAUUACAUCUAUUCGUGUUUACUCUGUGGGAGAUGCCUAUCCAAAUUCCACAAAACUUCCCAAGGGUGAAUACACUUUGCAUCUCUAUUUAAGGCAUGAUAACGUACAGUGUUUGGAGAAAAUGAAGCAGUUAAUUUUGUUCAUUGAGAGAAACUUGGAAGAAAGGGAGUCCAUCCGUCUCAGCUUUUUUUCUCAACCAGAUGGUCCUAUGAUGGGAAAUGGUAGUUUUAGCUCCGCAGUUUUAGUCCCUGGAUCUGUAGAAGCAUUUUACGUGGGCCCACCAACAAAAGACAAGCUUCCGAAGAACUGUCCAGCAGGAUCUGUGUUGCUUGGGCAAAUUUCUUAUGGGAGUCUCUCACUUGGGGUUACAGAAAAUGCAGAAAAAAAAGACCCUGUAUCUUAUCAGAUUUCAUAUGUAGUACCACCAAAUAAGGCUGAUGAGGAAAAAGGAAAGGAUUUUUCUCCAGCCUGUGCUAAGAGUGUGUCUGAACGUUUGGAAGAAGAGGUUAGAGAUGUGAAGAUAAAAUUUUUGGCAAGCAUGAAGCAAGGCACUGAAGAAGAACGCUCAAAAUGGAAACAGCUAUGCAAUUCCCUUAAGGUUCAAUACCCAAAAUACAUGCCAUUGGUUGCUAAAAUCUUGGAGAGCUUGGUCUCUCGAGGUAGUGAUGAAGACAAGAUUCGCUUUAAUGAGGAGGUUAUUGAAGCGGCAAAUGAUGUGAUUGACAGUAUUGACAAAGAUGAACUGGCAAAAUAUUUUUCAGUGAAAAGUGAUCCUGAAGAUGAUGAGGGAGAGAAAAUCAAGAAGAAGAUGGAGGUCACCCGUGACCAGUUAGCCGAGGCUUUGUAUCGAAAGGGACUAGCACUUGCAGAGAUUGAACGUUGCAGGCGUGAGAAAGCACCAGCAGAUACCACCGCAAGCAGUGAAGAUUUGGAUGGCCCAAAGAAGGAAGUUCUGCCAGACUCUAGCAACCAGCCAGAUUUGUUUGAAGAAAACUUCAAACAACUUAUGGGAUGGGUGGAUGUGAAAUCCUCCAAGUAUAGAAAGCUUUUAGUUGUUCGUGAGAAACGUGCUGGAAGACUUGGAACAGCAUUAAAGGUACUAAAUGAAAUGAUUCAAGAUGACGGGGAGCCGGCAAAGAAGGAACUGUAUGAUCUAAAGCUCUCUUUACUUGAUGAAAUCGGCUGGGACCAUGUGGCGGCUUAUGAGAGGAAGUGGAUGCAUGUACGCUUCCCUGCAAGUUUACCCCUGUUUUGAAAGUUCAUUUGUAUGAUCAUUAUUAUUACACAAUAAGGGGCUUGUCCUUUCCUUUUUUCAAUUAAGUUGGACACCAUGUAGCCAGAAUGGAUUAUUGUCAGUAUUCUAAAAUGUAGGAUGAACUUCGAUCUUGUCCAA